GAGGAUCUCCACCAAUCAGCGAGCGUUUUAUGUGUCAGCUUGGUUUCCGGUGUGAUCAAGAUGGCGUUAAGGGAGCUGGGCUCGUUGGAGAGAUUUCUAGGAUUAAAAAAGCCAAAUAAAUACAGCACGCAAGGAGGGAAAAAGGUCCCUGUUCUCCAGAACAACAAUGGGCCAGCAUUAAUUGGUCUGGUCACUAUAGCAUCCCAUCUGGUCCGUGAGGCUAAGAGACCUGAGCUGCUGGGAGACAGCGCUGAACAGAGAGCUGUGGUUCAGCAAUGGCUUGAACACAGAGUAACUCGACUAGAUAACUAUGCUAAAGAAGAAGUCAAAGUUAUUUUGAAGGAACUUAACCAGUACCUGGAGGAUAAAGUUUACCUGGCUGGGAAUGUCUUCACCCUGGCAGACAUCCUCAUGUAUUACGGCAUUCACCACAUUGUUGUGGAAUUGGCUAUUCAGGAGAAAGAGCGAUAUCUGAAUGUCACCAGGUGGUUUGAUCAUAUCCAGCACUAUCCAGGCGUACGACACCAUUUGCCUCCUGUGGUGGUUUUGAGGAACAGAGUUUACCCAAGUGGUCACCACUGAAAGCCUUUAUAACUACUUGUGGGCUGUCAAAUAAUCCAGAACUUACAGUCACAAUGUAUGGUGUUUCACACCACAACUCUAAUGUUAACUCAAACAGUCAGAACAAAUAAAGCAGGUCUUGUCUGUUUUGUUUUUAUUUGUCUUGUGUGAGCAAGUUUAUGUUUAUUAGUAAAAUUACUUUUAUGUGCGUUUAUGUGAGUGUAGUUUGUGGAAGGUUUAUUUAAAAUAUGUGGAUUGGAGUACCUCAGAAUGAACGAUGAGAAUAGUGGCUGUGGUUAAAUAAAACGUUUGCUAAUGGAAAAGCAGUUAAUUUAAUUUAAAUAACCUAAAUAUGAAACGAGUAAAUCUAUUAAUAGCAUUUUCACAUAAGGUAGUCAUUACCUAAAUAAUAAGAUAACAUGGAUGUCACUCAUUCCAAGCCACACAUAUCCUCGUUUGGCAUUUUCUUCUGCCGUUUGCCUCUUUCUCCUAGUCUCGGCGCUGGUGUGGGCAGUACUCUGGGGUUUGACAGGAUGUCAUUUUCUAGCUCUGGGGCAGUGGGCAGACUACCAGCUGUAGCCGCACAGACAGCACUGGUGUGUUCUGAUUUUCCUGUGCUUUUCACUCCAUCCUCAACCAGUGUGUCAUUUCCCCCAAAAUCCACUUCUGUGAUAGCUAUGAAUUUCUUUAGACAGUUAAAGUGUUCAACCACUUGAUCCACUUCUGUGUUAUAUAAAUCACUGGCUGCGUGAUGAGGCAUUGUUGUAGAAGAUCUGCACUUGUGUUUUCACAGCACAAAAUGAAACAUUUUUUGUAAAGGGUUUAAGACUAAAACGCUUUUCCGGUUCCAGGAGACUUGUUCCUGAGAACAUAGCAGCUUCAUAAAAGCUUCAUGAUCAUAAAAGGUUGACUCAAAACAUCUUUUGGGAAUCUGAGUGCUUCAUUCAACAUACAACAUGUGGCCAAUAUGGUUUGGAGCUGCUCUGUCUGUAGCCUUUAUGGUGGAAAAUCCUCUUCUUAUGAAAGGGAGAUGUGUUUUUGCACGUUUACUUAUCUGCUGUGCAUACACUGACAAAAAGUUCCCUCUGUUCUUUUUAUUAUACUUCCUUUCCUGUAAGCCGCCUUUAUGAAAUGUCUGCUGUUCUCAAGAUCAAGUUUGUGUUCUUUAAUGUCAACAGAAUGUUGUCCUGUGCCAAUAAAUGAAAAAGGGAAAACAGAA